AUGGGCCAAACUGCCAAAGAAAUCCCUGGAAAGAUUUCCCAUGAGAGAGGUGAAUACAGUGUGUUCCUGCUGCUCCUGGGCUGGAUUAUUCCUGGGCUAAACCAGCCCCAUACUCCAGAAGAGCUGUGGGGAGAGAUGGAAUCAUCCUUGUCCUCAUCUUCAAAUCUCUUUGCUUCAGGUUUUAACCUCUUUGGGGAACCCUACAAGACAAAUAAAGGCGAUGCCCUUGCAAACCGUGUCCAGAACACAUUGGGAAAUUAUGAUGAGAUGAAGGACCUGUUAACCAACCAUUCCAACCAGAGCCACCUUGUAGGAAUCCCAAAGAAUUCUGUCCCGCAGACACCCAUUGACAAAAAUGAUCAGAACUUUUUCCCAGAACCAAGAAACAGGAUGAUCCCAUCUCAUCAGAUCAGCGGCCACUCAUCGACAUCGAUGCCUCCACCUUCUUCAUUGUCAUCUAAUUCUACUCUACUACACAGUCACCAGAGCAGCAGGAAGUCGAGGACAGACUGGUCACGUGGUGGUCACAACUCUAGUGGGGCCCAGCCAAGCCAAUCCAGUAGUCAACAGAGUCGAACAAAACAUAGCUCUUCUCAUGACCAGCCACAGGGCAGGUAUGAAGACCUCUAUAAUUGUCAGAGUGAGCAGCAUAAAAGUGGAGGAACUGAGGAAGCAAAUUCUGUGGCAGCAUCUUCACAUUCAAGGAGGCAUACUCAUUCAAAAUCAGCAGCUGGAGAACAUAAUUAUAAAGAAAACAGUCAUUCAAAGUCACCCACAGAGCUUGAGUUUGUAGGUCAUGGUCCUGGAUCUCCGCUUCCUUCCACAUCUUUGCUAUCUGCGAACAAUGGUCUUUCGACCCAGAAUUUCCCACCAGGACUUCACUGUAAAAACAGUAUGGUCCAGCAAAAGCCUACAGCAUAUGUCAGGCCUAUGGACGGUCAGGACCAGGUACCUAAUGACUCACCUGAACUGAAACCUCCGAUAGAAAUUGAGAGUGGAUAUGGAAAUCAAUCCUUUGGAACGCUGCUGGAAGGAAAAGUGAACACACCUAGUUCGAAGAACAAAGUACCAAAGCUCAACAUUCCUCCUGUUACUGAAGUUACCCUUCCCAAUGACUCCAGCUGCGUGGAAGAAAUACUACGGGAGAUGACCCAUUCCUGGCCUCCUCCUCUUACUGCUAUUCACACUCCUGGCAAGGCUGAGCAGACCAAGUUUUCUAUCCCAAGCAAGGUACAAGACUCCCAACAUCUGACCUCAGGAUACAAUGUACAAAAGUGGAGUGAUCCAGCAGGGAAAGUUGCAACUAAGUCAGUGCCACAAAAGUCAAUGCUUGAGGAUGAUCUGAAACUCAGCAGUGAUGAAGAUGACAAUGAACAGGCUGCUGAAAAGACAAAAUUGAGAAACAUUCCUGUAAACAGCCUGACGGUGCCAGCAGCACACACAACCGGCUUGGCCCAUUCCAGCGGCGGCUCCGGGAGCUCCAGCGAGUCCGAGAGCAGUUCUGAGUCUGACUCCGACAGCGAGAGCAGCUCCAGUGACAGCGAGUGCAACGAGGAGUCGCGUAGUGCCACGCCAGAGCCUGAACCUCCUUCAACAAACAAAUGGCAGCUGGAUAAAUGGCUAAAUAAAGUGAACCCCCACAACAAGACCAUCAUCAACAAUCAAAAUGAGCCUCACAGCGAGACCAGCUCCCAGGCCCAGAGCAACCAGCAGGCCGAAGGGCCAAACAAAGGGAAGCUCAACAGCAGCCUGCCCCCGACCGAUUCCAAAGACAGGGCGAUCCUUAGUCCCAUUCGAGAGAAAGCCAAACCGCGGGUUGCCCAGAAAACCCCAGAGGCAAAAAGCUCCAAGCAGAAGUCACCAGCUCAUAAUGAGCCAACUUCACAAAGGACUACUGGGAAAAAGCAACCCAAAAAGGUAGAAAGGACUUCCAGUGUAGAAGAGUAUAACUGGCCCAAACCAAAUAAUACCAGCAACACUCCCAAAGAAAAAGACACACAGGAACCCCCCGAGCAGCCAAAGGUUCGAACUAAAGCAGCAGUUGGGAAGACUGCUCCAAGGAAAGAACCACGAACUAGCACAGGUCUCACUUCAGAGAAGAAAAAGUACAGAGGCCCCAGCAAAAUUGUUCCCAAGUCCCGGGAAUUCAUUGAAACGGAUUCAUCUACUUCUGACUCAAAUACAGACCAGGAGGAGAGCUUGCAGGCAAAGGUAUUGCCAGCUUGCACUGGGUCUGGCAAUGGCAUCAAAGUGAAGGACUCUGGCAGUAACAUCCUCAGCGUAAGUAGUUUAACUAGCAAUGGCAGCAACACAUCCAUUGACCAGACCAGCAAUGACUUGGAGGAGCAGCUCUUUUCUCCUAUCCCAGUCGUACAAAAUGAACUUCUGUCCCCACUGAGAGAAUAUGAGGAACUCAAAUCUCUGUGGGUGAAAAUAGACCUUAGUUUACUCUCUAGGAUACCUGGACAAGAGCCUUUUGAGACCACGUCUGUGAAAAGUGAAUCAAGAGAGGCAAAUGUGAAACACAGACGACCAUCUCGAGAGUCCCCUACCCCAGCAGCUGAAAAACCAUCCACAAAAUCCAAAAGGAAACACAAGCAGACAGAAAGCCUGGAUACCUUUGUUGAAAGCAAGAAGCAGCGCCUGGAGGACCCUUCAGCUUCAUGCCUGCUCCCACCUUGUAUCUCUCCGAUACCGAAUCACAGAUUAACCAGCACUAAAGAGAGCAGCGGUAGCUCAGUGAAGAAGGUGGCCAAGAAAAGAGAAGAGAAGCUGUUCCCUCCUCCAUUAUCCCCCCUCUUGGAUGAUUCUGUGCACCGGCGGCACAGCAGUGACAACAGCUCCUUCAGCCAAGAGACCAACAUAACAAACACCUCUCAGACCAGCAGCUCUUCCUCCUCUGUUUCUAAACACAGAAAGAAUGAAAAUAAAUCCUCUUCUAACCCCAAAGGAAUCUGUGAGGAAGAAUCUCACAAUACACCAACAGCCAACACUCUUCUUGACACCAGCCAUCUAGAAACAGACAUCUGGUCUGCAAUGCCAACGCUUUCCAAUGGGAAUUCUGAGCCCAGAAGACCCAAAAUAACGUUUGAUGAUGUGCUUCACAAUGCGGAUUAUUACAUGCAAGAGGCUAAGAAGCUGAAGCAUAAAGCAGAUGCAUUGCUGGAGAAGUUCGGCAAAGCAGUGAAUUAUGCUGAUGCUGCCCUCUCCUUCAUCGAGUGUGGGAACGCUAUGGAGCGAGAUCCAUUAGAAGCUAAAUCUCCUUACACCAUGUACUCAGAGACUGUGGAACUCAUCAGGUAUGCAAUGAGACUCAAGAAUUUCACAGGCUCUUCUGCCACAGAAGGGGACAAGAAAUUAGCAGUUUUAUGCUACCGAUGCUUAUCACUUCUCUACUUGAGAAUGUUUAAACUAAAGAAGGACCAUGCUAUGAAGUACUCCAGAUCUCUGAUGGAAUAUUUUAAGAACUCUUCAAAAGCCUCACAGGCCCCCUCACCUUGGGGCGGCAAUGGAAAGUGA